AUGUCAGUGACAACAUCAAACACAAAGCCCUUGGAGAAGAAAUUCUCAGACAUGAGCUUAAAAAAUAACAAACAAGAGGACAAUGACCAACCAUUAAGACGCUCAACAUACAAUAUCCUUGACGCUUACGAUAAUAAUAUACCCCAAGAUUCAUCAAACUUGAUAGACAAUUACUCAAUUCAUCCACUGCAAAAGCUUUCUGAUGGCUAUUCUAUGGAUUUCUCACCCACCACAUCCACAACUGCUGCAGGACAAGGAGAGUUGAAUACCAUGAUGGAAGACCUUAGUUUAUCGCCUAAUAGCAGCGACAGCAAAAGGCAUAGAUCAAUGCCUUAUUGCGUCUAA